AGGCUGGCGGGGCCGGGCCGGGCCGGGCCGGGCUGCUGUCGGGGAGGGGACGCGGAAGGCAGCGGCGGCACCGGGCAGUGCCGCCCGUAUCUGCCCGCCGCUGUCCCUAGGCCUCGGCUGCGUCCCGGGGCAGGGAAGUGCUCCCCUGGGGACGGGAGCUGCCCCUGCCGGUAGAGAGUGCGGGCAGCGGAGGAGUGGGAAGGGGUGGCAUGGCAUGGAGCAGGGAGGAGGGGAGGAACAGUGCUGGCACCAGACAAAGCGGGCAGCGCUGGGCACGGGUUGUGCUCCUCUCACCUGCGGGUCCUCCGCCGCUGCUCGGUCCUUGCGGUGUUCCACCUUACACGGCUUCACGCAGCUGCCCGGUCACAACACGACAAAAGGCAGGAUAGGAGCUGAACUAGCGAUACUGUUUUAUUUUAUUUUUUAGAAUUAAAAUGCUUUCUAUGGGGACUUCUGCUUCUGAUGCCAGGACUCUUUUGAAGACCUCAUUUGUUGCCUGGUUUAAAGGAAGAUGAUGUUGUUAGUGAAUUCUGAGCAUCCUUCAGGAGGCUGAUGACCCUUCUGUUGUUGGUGUGUGCUGUCAUGGACAACUUCAAAUGCUCCUUUCCAAAACACCACGGGCAGUUAAUGCAGCUUAUAAAGGACUCCUGACUUUUUGCAUCUUCCUAAGUCCUAUCUAGAUGCCACCAGUGUUUCCCAUGUUAACAGUUCUGAGCAUGUUUUACUACAUGUGCCUUCGGCGCCGAGCUAGGACAGCGACGAGAGGAGAAAUGAACAGUCGGAGGGCUAUUGAAUCGAACACCCGAGCCUUACCUAUCAACGUUGAAAUAGUUCAGUAUGCCAAAGAAGUGUUGGAUUUCAGCUCUCACUAUGGCAGUGAGAACAGCAUGUCCUAUACCAUGUGGAAUUUAGCAGGGUUUCCCAACGUGUAUCCUAGCUCUGGUGACUUUACCCAAACUGCUGUCUUUCGAACUUACGGCACGUGGUGGGAUCGCUGCCCGAGCGCUCGGCUGCCUUUCAAGAGGACACCAUCCACCUUCUGUAGCCAGGACUAUGUGGAACUUGCUUUUGAGGAACCAGUUUAUCCCACUGCAGUGCACAUUCUGGAAACCUAUCAUCCUGGAGCUGUAGUCAGGAUUUUGGCAUGCUCUGCAAAUCCUUACUCACAAAAUCCACCAGCUGAAGUAAGAUGGGAAAUACUUUGGUCUGAGGCACCUACAAAGGUGAAUGGUCCUCAGGCUCGGCAGUUCACACCUUGUAUCAAACAGAUAAACUUUCCCACAAACUUGAUCCGGCUGGAAGUGAACAGCUCUCUUCUGGACUAUUACACUGAAUUGGAUGCAGUAGUACUACAUGGUGUGAAAGAGAGGCCUGUGCUUUCACUUAAGACUUCAAUGAUUGAUAUGAAUGAUAUAGAUGAAGAUGAGGAUGAAGAAAAAUUUGCCUGUGGAAUGGAUGCCCUUAAUAAACAGUUCAGCAUUGUUACCCUCAGGGAAUGGCCAACUAAUGGAUAUUUUGAUAAACUGCCUUAUGAGCUCAUCCAGUUGAUUUUGAGUCACCUUACAGUACCAGACCUGUGUAGACUAGCACAAACUUGUAAGCUACUGUAUCAACAUUGCUGUGACCCUCUGCAGUACAUUCAUCUCAGUUUACAACCUUACUGGGCAAGGAUUAAUGACACAUCUCUGGAGUACCUACAGUCUCGCUGCACGCUCAUCCAGUGGCUGAAUUUAUCUUGGACUGGAAACAGGGGAGCCAUCUCUGUUUCUGGAUUUAGCAGGUUCCUGAAAGUCUGUGGCUCUGAACUAGUACGUCUUGAGUUGUCUUGUGGCCAUUUCCUCAAUGAAACAUGCUUGGAGGUCAUCACUGAAAUGUGUCCAAAUCUUCAGGAAUUAAAUCUCUCAUCAUGUGAUAAAAUACCACCUCAGGCUUUCAACCACAUAGCCAAAGUGGGCAGCCUAAAGCGUCUCAUUCUCUACAGAACAAAAGUGGAGCAAACAGCCCUGCUCAGUAUUUUGAACUUCUGCUCGGAGCUGCAGCACCUCAGCCUGGGCAGCUGUGUCAUGAUUGAAGACUAUGACCUUAUAGCAAGCAUGAUGGGAGCAAAAUGCAAAAAGCUUCGCAGUCUGGAUUUGUGGAGAUGUAAAAACAUAACUGAAAGUGGGAUCGCGGAAUUGGCUUCGGGCUGCCAGCUUUUGGAAGAACUUGAUCUUGGGUGGUGUCCUACGCUCCAGAGCAGUACAGGCUGCUUCACAAACCUUGCACGCAAACUCCCAAAUUUGCAGAAGCUCUUUCUUACGGCCAACAGGUCUGUGUGUGACACAGACAUCGAGGAGCUCGCUGCCAACUGCACGCACUUACGGCAGCUGGAUAUAUUGGGAACAAGGAUGGUGAGCCCUGCAUCUUUAAGAAAAUUGCUGGAGUCUUGUAAAGAUCUUUCUUUACUCGAUGUGUCCUUCUGUUCACAGAUUGAUAAUAGAGUUGUGCUAGAACUGAAUGCCAACUUUCCUAAUGUGUUCAUAAAAAAGAGUUUCACCCAGUGACUCCCUACAUAUGCUGCUGUGGAACUCGUUUGACAGAGUUGUUUUCCUGUAAAUUUCUGCUGUUUUUUUUUUUUUUAAGGAGAAUAUAAAUCUGCUAUAAAAUGGUGGAAAAUAUUAAUUAUCUACACAAAUGGGUAAAAUACAUUUAAAUGUAUUAUGCUUCUUAAAGUUGAUAUUGUACCUAAGAAUUAUUUUACUCUGUUAAUUGGUGGCACUGCAUGUUUUUAAAUACUAGCCAUAUGUCUGGCUUUAAUGAGAAACAAAUGAAUGUCUUCUUAAAUGUCCCUUUACAGGGUGUUAUACACAAUACAAUAUGUCAAUAUCCAGGUGAAAGCAGAAGUUUAGUAUUUAUCAGUAAGGAAAAUAUGGGUGCUUCCUUUUCAUGUGCUUGUGUGUGUAUGUAUAAAUGUAUACAUACGUAUUUGUAUAUACAUGCACAGAUAUUGUAGCAUUCUAGUUUGGCCUGCAGCAUAAGCUUUUAUGAUCUGGCCUAUAAUUAGUUAUUUGAAAACCAGUUUAAGUGUGUAUAAGAACAGAUAGAAAAGGCACUUUGUCUUCUUCGAGUUUUGGCAAUGAAUUCUAUCUGAUACAGUUUUCUCCCUUCCUUCACCUGAAAUAGAUGUAAUGAUGUUUUACAGUCCAGCCUAAGCAACACAACAGAUAAAUGCAAGAAUCUGGACCACCUGAACUUAGAGCAGAAAUGAAAGAUAAAAGUUACAGCUGCUUCUUGGUAUGGAGAUACAAUAAGCCAAGUACUUAAUGUUGUAACUGGUAGUGUGUAGAAAACUCCAGGGUAGUUUCCUUUUUCAAAUUUCUGUCAUGGUCAAGACUUGAUUUGUGAUACGUCUGGUUAUUGUGCAGAGUAUCAUGAAAAGUAGAACUUAGGGUAAUGUGUUAGCAACUGUCCUUUCACUGGCAUCAAAUCUACUGUCAGGUGUAAAAACAAGCGUCUUCGUUCAGUAAAACAGCAAUGAAAAUGUAAUGGGUUUGAAACAAGGGCAAUACAAUUUGAUGAUUUUAUGAUCACCAAACCUUAGUACUGGAUUUGUUUUGUUUGGGUUUUUGUUUUGUUUUGUUUUUCCAAGAGGAGAGUAGCUCAAAGUACUGUUGCACUCUUUGAGACUGCUUAACCUCUGGAGAAGGAAAACUUUGUUGAUGGACAAUUUCUGGAAGUUUCUUCCUGUUGCACUUUCUUCGAUGAAGCUUUUCUCUUUUUUUUUUUUUUUUCCCUUGAAUACCACUGCUAGAGUAUGUUGCUUUGUACAGCUUUGGUUUAGAAUUUUACCUUUUUAGCCAUUGUUGAUGCAUAUGAACCAUAAAAUAUGGGCUGUCUUUUGAUAUUGGUUGUUAUUCUUAUCUUGAUGGCACUUACUACCUACUGGAAUAAGAAGAAGAAUACUUUGUCUGAGAGAAGUACAGUAUUGUACUGAAGAUCAGUGACAAAGAACACUUCAGUUUGUGCAGUAAAUAACCAACUGCUACUAGAGGACUGCUACAAAUCGUUAAAAAUCUGACAAUCUCUGUGACUCCUGAAUGACUGCUUUGAACUCUUUGUACUGGUGCCAAUACUUUAUAAACCAUGUCAUGAAACAGCUACAGAACAUUUACCUGAUUUUAUUGAAAGACCUAGUUCUUCAGAUUUUUGAAUUUUGCUGAAUCUCUGAGGAAUUCCAGAUCCAAAGAAGGGCAUGCACAGUUGGCUUUUUGAUUUUUUCCCUCCACACAGAUGGCACUAUGGGAUUUCCAACUAGUUUAUGCCAUUCCAUUUUUUUUCUUCUUUAGAAAUCUGGGCAUUGUCAGAGAACUUUAGAUUGAUUUGCUUUUUUUUCCAUACUGAAAGAUGUCAGCUUUGGUAUGAUUCUCUGUGAGACCUCAUUUCUUUCAAUUGUGUUUGGGUUCAUUUGUUUUUCUUUGAAAUUUUACCUUUUUUUAGUCUAUAUUUUUCAUUGUAAUUAUUAAACAUUAUUAUUCUAGUUACAUGAGAAAACAGGUACAGAUAAUGGGAGUUUACAAAGAACAGAGUUCAAAAAAAUAUAUUUGUUAUAAAAUUUCACUUCUCAGGGGUUGUUCUGUGUUUAUCUCCUUUUUUUCUAUAGAGAUCUGUUUUGUUUGUUUUUCACUGUAAAUAGAAUGGGAUGUGGAUGAAGUGAUAGCCAUUGUGCCUUCAAACUGGUGAACUUGGUACAUAAUAGAGUUUUUCUCAUCAGUGAAUCAAAUAAGUGUUUUUGUAAUCACAUACAUGUAAAGAAUUUCAUUCUCUGUUGCUUUUUAGGUAGCGUAAAGAAGGUUUAAAUUGAAAUUAUGUUCAUACUGGGGAUUCUUUUCUUAUGUUGCAUCUUCUGUUUGAAAAUGUUUUUUUUCAGGAAUUCUCUGUUGUCACUUGGAAGAUAAAUUGAAGUUGACUUUUUAUUUGAAUUGUUUAAAAUUUGGCUAUUACAAACAUAAUUAAUUCAAAGAGCAGAGAAGCUAUUGGGAAUGACUUCCAUCUAUAGUUAUAGACUUCAACCUUCAGUCAGACAGUAAGAAGCUCUUUUAGCUAUGGCCUUAUAAGUCCAAGAAGUCUUCCAGCAAAACAAAGUUAGAUCAGACUUGACAUGUGUAAUACUUGCAGAGUAAAGAAAACAACUUGAUUUUAGACCUUCCUCAUAUGUCACAAAGAAGCAAGAAUGGGUCGCUGUCUCUUUAGUUCUGCUGUCUUAUACUUAAGUGUGUCUAUUUAUUUAUAUAUAUAUGUAUGCAUAAAUUAUAUAUACACACACAUAUGUUUGUGUGUCUAUAUGAAUUCUUUUGGAUGUGUGUACAUACAUAAACUUAUAGGUAUAAAUCUCAAUGUUUUUCAUGUAGGAAUUACUUUUGUAAAGUGAGUGUAACAGAAAAUAAUGUGUUUCAUAGCAGUUCUGCUUUCAACUAUUGCUUUGCUCUACCUGGAGACUGAGUUCAUCUCCACCCAUGCAGCAGGAAAAGCCUGGACAGAUGUGCUGAAUUUCCAGUGUUGCUUUGCCAAAGUGCCUUUUGGUUUGUCUGCUUGUGAAAGGUGUUACAGAGUGUGAAGAGUGAAUGCAAAGUCUGAUAACUACUGUGGACUGUCUCCUUGCAAAGCAGUCAUAUAGAGAGAAACUUAUCUUCUAGUUUCAUUUAAUCCAAAAUGAAUAAUGUCAGUUCCUCCACUGGAGGAAUUAAUUACUCUUGAAUUGGGUCUCAUCUCCAUCACUAGACUGUCCCUCAGUCAUAUUAUCUAAGUUCUGCUGUUAACGAUAUUCUUUUUUUUUUAAUUGUGUUUUUUGAUUAUUUGUCUUUCUGAAGCUUUGUAAAAGAUAUGCUUUGGCAACAAAUGUUAAAAAAAAAAAUGGCUAACAUGUCCAAAAAAAGGGGUUUACUCUGAGCUGCUCCUGUUUUUAAACUAAAGAGGAUCUUCCAUACCCUCUGUAUGAAAUUGAUGUGGGAUGGCCUGUAAGUAACUAUGUAAUUCCUUGGGUAAUUAAAAAAACUAGUAUGAUAAAUUUACCAUUUAAAGCAUCUUCUUAACUCUUCAAGGCUUUAAUUCAGUAGUGUACUUAGUUGUAUUCAUAAUUUUGAGCUAUCUGGCUGCAUAGCUCUAUGAAAUGGGUGGGGUUUCUGUUCUUUAAAUUAUACACCUGAUUAAGUCCAUUAGUGAGCAUGACUCAUAUAGAACAGUUUUGCGUGGGAGUUUCGACCUUAUAAUCCCCCAUGUACUUGGAGGUCCAAGUUUCAGACAAAAAACCACAAGUGAACAAACAACAAAACCUACCAAAACCUUUGUAUUUCCUUAGAGCUCUUAUGCUAAGUUUUCCAGAUAUAAGAUGUCUAGUAAUCAUGGUACACAGUGAGUAGAAUUCAUCUCACUGAAUGUUAGUUCUCUGAAAGUUAGACAUCUACUUCAAGGGAGGAAUCUGGGCACCUCUAGAGAGUUAUUAAUCUCCUAAGGCAGACAUUUCAGGAAAGUGGAAUGAAUCAUGUUCUAGAGAGCCUCUCUGGAGACUGUGGAAGCUGUGAUUUAGCUCAGGUUAGAUACUAAACUGAGAUUAAUUCCAUCCAGUGCUGUACUACCUGUCUUGAAAAACAAGACCGAAACAACAUCCAUCCUUAAACCUUCAAACCCUCCAAAUUCCAUCCAGAGAGAAGCAAAAAAAAAAAAAAAAAAAAAGUCUGAGGAGGAAACCCUGAGGAGUUUUCUUAAUGCCAGGAUCUGCUUCUGUCCCUUGCUAAUACCUGUGAUAUAUAAUUGUUUUAUUUUGUUUGGCUUUUGGGUUUGGGUUUUUUUGGAAAUGCAUCCUCUUUCCCUGUUCCAGAAUCUCAUGUACCUAACUGGCUGUAUGUAUAGUUCUGUAAAUGUGUGAACAGACAAACAUAAUUAAUGUAUUGCCACUAUUUUGAUAAUCUUUCAUAUUGCUAUAAUUAAGACUGAGUAGUUUAACUGCUCUGCUGUCAUCAGAAAUGUCACCCACUGUGCAUUUGCAAAAAUUGUGUGCAGAGUCUUGGUUCUAACUGUGUGUACUUAUUGCAUCUUAUGGGAUAUAUUUCCCAUGUCACAUCAGCAGGACUGCUAAAUUUACAAAAACUAAAUAAAAUGUAGCAUUUUAUUAUGAGGACUAUGGGGGCGACUUUAUCUAUAUGAUUUACAUAUUCAUUAUUGCUCUUUAACAGUGAUUCUGUAAGUUGUAGCUUUGGAAAUGACUAGACUAGAAAUCCCUGGUUGAAUGCAUCUGCACGUGCUGUGUCAGAUGCAGUAAGUUUUUUCCCAGAUGAAGGCAUUAGUCCUUCACUGAGUUGAUGAUUUCUGUGAUUUUUAGAUAUCUGGCUUGAUAACGAAGUGCAAGAAGAUGCUCUUUAAUAAAUGUUACCAGCACAGGACAAGUUGUGGUAACUGACAUUUGGAAGGGCUGAGAAAUGAGUGUUGGAUGUUACAGAUCCUCAGGAGCUUCAGAGAAACGCAUCAACAGGAAGAGUCUCAUUAAGAAGAUUCAGCCUCUGUAAUAGGAGGCAGUGGUGAGAUUUUCCUUUUCAGCUAAUGGACUAAAUACUUUUGUUUGGGUUACAUAGCUCUGGUUUCUUCUUGUCUUGUUUUCACUUGAGGAUGGUAAAUGGUGCAGUUAGGAAUACACAUAUCCUAAACUGAAGGGCAUCCAUUGUGAGCAAUGAAGUUUUUCUGUUGCAUGUUUUGUUCACCUUUUCUAAAAAUAAAAGUAUAAAAAUACCCUCAACUACUUGAAAACUCAUUUUCCUUAGAUUCUGAAGAAAUGUAAAUGUCAAGAAGGUUGAGGAAAGAAAGAAAGGAGACUUAUUCAGAUUUAUCUGGAAACUCAUGGAAGGGUAGCCAGAGCUAUUUGUAGAUGUGAGGAAAAUGUGUGCCUUGCUCUAGAUUGGCUCUGCCUUUCCCAGGAACAUAGCUUUCCACAUAGAAUCACUUGCUCAUACUUCUAAAUCAAGAUUUACCAUUUAGAUGCUCUUAAUAUUGACCUUUCAUGUGCAUGUUUGUUAAGUAAGUCAGAAUGUAUCUUUGUUUCAUUUUUAUCAACUACAUAAAAUAUUUUUUCUUUGCAUACCACUGUGAAAUCAUGUUCUUUGUUAUUCAUUGAAACUAUUUCAUGCAUGUACACACAGGUGCAUGUAAGACUUAAUUGCUCAGAUUUUUUGCAGCUGGUCCUGUUCUGAGGACAAACUGCAGUUUGGGGAUAAAAAUGGUAAAGUCUCUGGAGAAGGCUCGAGGGAAAUAAGAUCAAUGUAUUGGGAUGAGGGAAAGAAUGAAGAAGAGGGAGCCAGAUUCUUCUCAGUGAUGCCCAUGAACAGGACAAGAGGCAGUGUGCACAAACUGAAACACACAAGAUGACACAUUCUAUGGCACAGGUUGCCUAGAGAGCUUGGGGAGUCUCCAUCCUUGGAGAUACUCAUCAUCCUGGGCACUGAUUGGCUGGCCCUGUUUGAGCUGGUGACCUCCAGAGGUCCCUUUCCAGCUUCAUCUGUUCUUUGUUCUAUCAUCCGAGAUACGCCUGUGGUUGGUUUCUUUGCUUCAUUGUACUGAUUGCUGAACAAGGUAGGGAGAGGGGAAAAGAAAGAAUAUCAUAAGGAACUUGGCAUAUUGAGAACAGACACAAGAAUCUUGUACAUUUCCAUUUUUGUUAUUUUAGAAGUAACAUCUCUCCAUUUAAGUUAGCAGGAAAAUCUAGACACAACUUAACUGGAGUAAAAUUUUGGUUUUCAACAUGCAGAUCUGUAACGUACAAAACACACAACUGUUUUAUGGGAGUGUGAUCGUCACUUCAAAGCCUGAAAGCUACACCAAGGACUAAGAAAAAUAACCCUAUUCUUGGGCACUAGCAGUAGUUUCUGGGUAGAAACUGAAUUGUCUAUAAUACACUAGGAAUGGUUUAGUUUGUAUAUCUUUAGUGUUUGUUUAUGUAGACCUUACACUGAAUUGGGAUUGCCAUGGUUUAAGUGACAGUUAUUCCUGCUUACUUCGUUAGGAAACUGAGUAUAGCAGUUACCUGUUCAUAGUGUCAAACACAAAUGUUCGAAUUCAGGUGAAAAAGAGGACCAAGUUUACGAAACAGUGAAAUGUCUGAGUGUUUUAGCGGGGUACCAUGUAAUAAUUAUGGUGAGUUCCCAUCUUUUGUAUAUUUACUAUUUUACCAUUGUCAGGAGUUGUCUCUGCUCACCAUCAGAGAUGGGUUCCCUUUUAUCAGACCUUGGUCUCUCUAGAUUUUUCUUUAGGAUGGUGCCACAGAUUUUUGCAUAUACCCACUGUUCUGAAACAAACAGAGAAAACAGCUGGCUUGGUUAGAAUUUGGAAACUAAUGGCUAGUCUAUGUUUGAAGUUAUUUUGGAAUAGUUACUAAAAGUAAAUUAAAGUAACCAGGAAUUUAUGUGUUCACAGGGAGACUUUGCACUUUCUGAUUUAACUUUGGCAUUCAGACAAUUACAGGUGCCCUUCAGCUGUCACAGUGAAAUCUGUGUGGUGGUGAUCUUUCUGGAUUUUGUUAAUGAACAUAAGGCCACUCCACCUCUUCAGCAUCUUGUGGCAUUUUGCAUUCAUGUCCUUGCCAGGCAGAUGGUGGAGUUGAGGGUUGUGGAGAUUGGCCCAGCUCUGGAAGUGAGGUGUGUGAAUUGCCUGGGGAAAUUUCCUGCUUGUAUUUAUUCAUAUGUGCAGAUGAGAAGGAAGGGCAUCUUCAGACUUUUCACAUUUAAAUACCUAAAUCCAGUACCUGGAUUCAUUUAAACAUAAUAGGUCUCUCUCCCUGCCCCCCAUCACAUAACCAGCAACAAAAUACUUGCAUUGUAUUUAUGAUUUAAUAGUAUGCUCCAUUUUCUGCCGCAAUAGGAGUUUGAGUAAUGUAACAAGAAACUCCUGUUGCAUUACCUUUUAAAGAAACUAAUUUCUGGAAAGGUGGAAGAGCAGCAAUAGAGGGAAUGGUUCCAGACACUAUCUGUAAAUACCUGUGCUGUGCAUGCUAUGCCUGUAAGCACCAGAAGCAAGUUAUACCUUUUUGUAAUAACAAGUUGAGAAGGACAAAAGGGAUAAUUGCCUCUAAGCACAUUUUCUGUAGCUGGAGGAUAUUUAUAUCAUUGAAUUUUAAAUAUCUAGAGUUGAUACUAAAGUUAGGACACUAUUCUCCUAGGGUCCUGUCACUGAGUAGAUAGGUUCUUCUAUAAGGUAAUUCCGAUCAGAUUAGUCUGCAAUUGAGGUCUUGAAUUGACCUUUGGAGAAGCAAAGGUCUGUGUAGACCCAGUAAAAUUUCUGUUGGAAGCUAGCAUGAGUGGAUUCAGAGUAAGAGGUUGCUUACCCCUUGGUGCUCUCUAUUAGUCCCCUAGCUUGACGUGCUUCCACCAAAGGCCACCGCUUGCUUUGCUCUGUUAGUUGAACUGGAUCUGAUUGCUCCCUACAAAAUAUUGGUUAAAACUAGAAAACUGCUUGGUUUCUAGUAGUUGUCCUUUUGGUUGUUUGGGGGUUUUUUUACCCUCCUAAUUUGGCUAUUAAAGCAAGCAGAAGGAAGGGGGCAUUUAGCUUCAAUUAAAAGAAUAACAAGCAGCAGGUGGUAGCAUGUUGGUUGUGCAAAUGCUUUAAAUCAAAUUAGCAUAAAUGAGGAUAGCCACUCUUGAUUGUGAUCCAAAGCUUCUUAAUUUUUACAUAGUUCAUCUCAGUACUGUGCCACAAAAAUGUCCUAAGUGAAGUUGUUUAUUUGCUCCUCAUGAUGGUGGCUCAAGCCCUAAAGUAUAAAAUGCUACUGUGAACAUAUGAGAACAUUCAGGUCCUAACUGACUUCAAUAAAUUCCCUGAAAAAGAUCCUCAGUUCCAAACAGAUGUUGGAAGUUUUAGAUUAGAGAGGUAAUAAGAGCAUAUUUAAAGUAUGGUGAAGGCAGUGGUUAGCAAAUCUAAGCUAGAGGGAGGGGCAACAGUUCUCGGAUGUGUUUUUCAGGACUUUUUUCCUGAUCAUGGGCUGCAUUGGCCCAUGAAGCUAACAUCCACCCCUUUGCAGUCCUAAAUAUAGUCAGCGUUCCAAGAGCUCUUUCUGUAUGUGCAGUCUUAGAUCCCAAAUCUGUUUUCUGUGUUCCUAUUCAGUAAUUAGCUGAUCCACUUUUAGUUUGGUCUUCCUCUUAGUAUACUAAGCAGUGUUUAUCUUAGCAUCUAUAUUUCUUUUUAAUAUUCCUCUCUGAGAUUCAUGCUUUUCUUUUAUACUUAGGCAAGUACUUGAUUACAUUUCAAAACAAGGUUUUUCUGAUCUGUGUUCUGCCUGACCGAGAGUAAGUGGAAGGUAGUGUUAUUGGUGUAUUCCUUCUUUUCAGAUUUGGCUACUGUAUCUUCUUUCUUUCUGUGUGUAAACCCAAAGGUUUUACAUGUGUCUGCAUUUGCAGACACAGCUCUGGCAUGGAUCCCUGACUCCUCCUCAUUUGACUGAUGCUUUUGGGGUAUGAAGUAUGGGUUGACUUGAAUACACAUAUACACACAAAACAGAGAUGUUAGCCCUGUAUUCAUGAAGGAUUUAGUUUACUAUGGAGAAAUCAUCUAAUGCCUUAUAUUGCUAAUUCAAAGAUAAAAUCUUCUUAUCUUUAAAAGUUAAUCAAUUAUUUCUAUUUAGGAAAUUAAGCCUGUUUUCUUCUGCUGUGUUGGGUCAUUUAAAAUAUCAUAAUACUGUGUUGUGCAGUUUACUCCAUUACUGCCAGUAUAAAGAAGUUGAAAUUAACGUUCUCCCUGAGUUGUCAGUGUGUCUGCUAAUUCAAAGAUGACAGAAAUGUGUUAAAAUAUAUUCAAUCUAUAAUAUUUAUCUUGCUUUGCACUUAAUUUGUUUCUCUUUGACUGUCUUGCAAAAUGCCAAGUGUACAUAAAAUAAUGAAUAAAUAAAAAAUAAAUUAUUUGUCUACA